GCUCGCUCUCUCUGCGAGCUUCUUCGCCAUGGCGCCCAUUCAAAAGAAGCAGAACACUGGGAAAGGUGGUAAGAAGAAGAAGCAGGUCCUGAAGUUCACACUGGACUGCACCCAUCCUGUUGAAGAUGGCAUCAUGGACGCCGCCAACUUUGAGCAGUUCCUUCAGGAGCGCAUCAAGGUCAACGGCAAAGCGGGCAACCUCGGCGGAGGUGUGGUGUCCAUCGAGAGGAGCAAGAGUAAGAUUACAGUCUCCUCAGAGGUGCCCUUCUCUAAAAGGUAUCUAAAGUAUCUGACCAAGAAGUACCUGAAAAAGAACAAUCUUCGCGACUGGUUGCGUGUGGUGGCUAACACCAAGGAGAGCUAUGAGUUGCGCUACUUCCAGAUCAACCAGGAUGAAGAGGAGGAGGAAGAUGAAGAUUAAAGUCAAGCCGAUUUUGUACAUUGAAAUAAAUUUUUUCCGUCA